AUGAUUGAGUUGGCAUGGGCUUUUGCUGGUAUUGAUCGCAUUGAGAAAUCAGACAGUAACCUCUCAGCCGAACCGAUGAGCGCAGGCGACAACCGUGUGCUUCCUCACCUAGGAUCCAAAGCUCAGCAGCACGAUGCGAUCUUCACCGAAGCAGUCCAGCUUCUCGAUUCCAUGAAAUCCUCACCAUCCUGCAAUCGCGUGGCGGUAACCCGACUUGUCACAUCGUGUCAAUUCGCCGGGGGCAAAGAUACAAGCGAUUUGCAGACUUACGAAUAUGAGACCUUGGAUCGCAUUCGGUCCAUGUACGCAGCCCGACUGGCAAUAUGCGAAUUGAAUGACGCCGGCGCCUCAGUUCCAGUUCCUUGCAUUCCGGUGGCAGUUUCUCCACCCCACAAAUCCAAAUUUCGAUUCUCGUUCACUACCAAGCCCCAGCCGCCUGAUACUGGAAUCGAUCUCUUGCCCGAUGACGUCCUGGGGAAGUGCCUGAAAGCCUUGGAGUCGCGACCUCAGUGGUGGACUUCAUAUAGCAACAACCGGCAGAAUGCAAUGGUUAUAUGCCAAGCGGCUCGAAUUGAAGUGGAAAGAGAGGAACUGCUGGAUCUUCAUCGAGCCAUUGUGAAGACCAGCUCGAAGCUACACGAGGGACUAGAAGCAGCGCUUCAAAACGCCGCUAUGGAAUCGUCUCGACACAAUACCUUUCUAGAAGAGGUCAGGGGAAUACAAGAGAGGCUCGCGGCCGACCUGGAGAUUUCAGCGUCCGUUACUCAGAAUGCACUCCAUAGGCUACUUCAGGAGAUUAGGUCUGGCUUGGACAGCAUCGCUACUUCGGCUAGCUCGGUUAUGAAUAAUCUUCGCGGAGAGGCGGGCACUCUGGCAAAGGAACUUCGAGAUACCUCAGCAUCUGUCCGAAGCCUUCAAGACACUUUACAUGAAGUGCAGGAAAACACAAUUUCGCGGAGUCAGGAGGUGAUUCGCAUGCACGAGGAAGAUGCUCUGGCUUACCGAGAUGUGGCAUCAGUAUUGCACCAUACGCUUGAAUCAAUCGUGGACACAGACAUGGCACGCCUUUUUAAGCGAAUGAUGACAUUCGAUUCCUCGUUGGAAUGGCUCAAUGGCCGGCUUGUCAUGAUUCUGGAACAGGAGAACAGAAUGUCUCAGCGUCUACAAACCAUGGAGACCUCCAUGGAGCAGUCUUACAACAGGGCCCAUGACCUACAACAAGCGCAACAGUCUCAGGCCAAAUUGCUAGCCGCCCAGUUCAAGACACAAGAUGAAAUGCAAUUCAAAGCACAGGUCUCUCAAGCUUUGUUGGACAAAGCUACUAUAUCAGCUGCCAACCUGCAUUCAAUGAUCGAUGAUGCGACGAUGAAAUUCAAACGCACACCCGGGUUGCACUCUGGGGGUAUUUCAGCAUGGACAGUGUGCGCACUUCUUCUUAUCCUUCUCGGUGCACAGAGCACCAGGAUGGCAAUCGGUCUUCUCUUUCUUAUCUUUGGUCAUAUCAUUGCGACCUUUUGCUUUCAGUUUUUCUAG